AUGGCUACAACAACUGCAAUAACAACAACAGAAAGGAUAGCAGCAACUAUAGGGGCGUUAGCAUCAAUUGCCGACGACGAUUUACUAAUGGGUGGCAAUCACAGCAGUAAUGCCAGCAUUUUCAAUCUCGACGUCGACUAUACGCCCGUAGCCCAGCGCCCAGAAACCUUCAUUGUGAGUGCACUCUUUGCACUCAUAUUUGUGGUUGGGGUGUUGGGCAACGGUACAUUGGUUGUUAUCUUUUGCCGACAUCGUUCCAUGCGUAACAUACCGAACACCUACAUUCUAUCUCUUGCGAUGGCCGAUUUGCUUGUCAUACUGGUUUGUGUGCCGGUAGCCUCAGUUGUCUACACGCAGGACAGUUGGCCCUAUGGACGUGCUGUUUGCCGUAUCAGUGAAUGCUUUAAGGAUAUAUCAAUAGGCGUAUCGGUAUUCACAUUGACGGCAUUAUCAGCCGAUCGGUAUUGUGCCAUUGUCAAUCCAUUGCGCAAACUACAGACCAAGCCUUUGACGGUUUUUACGGCUCUGAUGAUAUGGUUGGUUGCCAUUUUGUUGGCCAUGCCAUCCUUUGUGGUUUCCGACUUGCAGGAAUAUGUCCUAAACGAUGCGCAGAACCUAACGAUUCAGGUGUGCACGCCAUUUGGUAAAAAUCGCACGAAUGUGGAGCUUUAUUCCAAAUACACGGUCGUGGCCAAGUCAUUAAUCUACUAUCUGGUGCCACUCUCCAUCAUUUCGGUGUUGUAUUUCCUAAUGGCCAGAUGACUACAAAUUAGUGCUCGAGAAAUGCCGGGCGUCAAGUUGAGUGUUCAGAGUCACGCUCAGGCACGAGCUCGUCGUCAUGUUGCACGCCUGGUGGUAGCUUUUGUCAUAGUUUUCUUUGCGUGCUUCUUUCCUUAUCACUUUUAUGAAUUGUGGUUCCACCUGCACCCCACGGCCAAGGAAGAUUUUGACGAUUUCUGGAACAUUGUACGCAUCGUUGGUUUUUGCGCCAUCUUUUUGCAUUCCUGCAUAAAUCCGGUCACUCUGUAUUGCGUUUCUGGAGUUUUUCGUGCCCACUUUAAUCGCUAUCUCUGCUGUUUGUUUAUCUCAAGUCAACCGAGUGGAAUGCGUCACUAUUCAAAUGGCUCGGGGAUGUUCGAUACCAGCGUGGUUAGCUCAUUCCGACGCUCCACUUAUCGCUCCUCUUUGUAUAUAAAUAACUUGACCAGUGUGGAGGCAGAUCCCCUCAAACGGACUGCAAUGUUGAAGGCAGCAGGCAAAAAGUGCAGCAUUGCCAGCUCCUCCUCGAGGUUAGGGGGCAAUGGACGGUGCUUCGAAUCAACUCCCGAUUGCAGUAGCACGCUCGGACCAUCGACCAGAUGA